CUACUCGCGUAGUUUGUGUAAAAAUAAAAAUACUGUCAGUAGUUAUAAUUCGACAUGAUGAUAAUGUCAACCGUCGAUGUAUUUUCAAUACCAAUUAAAUACAAAUACAAAACACGUGUCUGUUCAAUAGCCGCAUUAGUCGUCUUUAUUUUAACAACAACAUUAAUUAUAUUACCGUUAAUACUCGCCUACAACAGCGGCGGAUUUUGGGUGCGUAAUCGCUUAUACAUUGAACCGCCAAUUGUUAAAUUUACCCACAAGUAUUUACUUAUCGCUGAAAGAGACUUUGACUCAGCUCCAAUCAUCUGCUCUACAUUUAGCGUUUAUCAGCUAAAUCCAAUUAAAGAUGAUUGCACUCUUGUGAAAAUACAACAGCUCGAUAUAAAUAAUGAUAAGCACAGUGAUGUUUUUAAAUUUAAUUUCAUAUUUUAUACCGACUUGCCUAUUAAGUCUAUUAAGCUGUUAUUGUUUUUUCAAUUUAAACUCAGGGAUGUUGUGUACAAUGAAGUCAAUUCAGUAGCAGUGAUUAAUUAUGUUUUGCCUGACGAAUCACAGAAAAUAAAUAUAAUAAGUGAUUUAAAAUUAAACCAGAAGGGGCUGCUACGAUGCGAUAACUUUAAUGAUAUUAUAAAUAAAAAUAUAAAUAAUGAAACUAUUGAGCUGCAUGAUCAUUCUUUGGAUCAAGUUUUAUCUUAUUAUGCAAGAAAAAAAUUUUCAUCGGAACUAACAAAUACCCAAGUGACCUGGGAGUCAGGAUUUUCCUCAAGCGAACCGGUCUCAAUAUCCGGAGAGAUAUUUUACCUAGAGCAGCAUCUCUACUACCAACCGUGCCUCUGGGAAGAGCUAAAACAAGCAUGGAUCCAAUAUCUAUCUCUAUUUCUAGCUCUCAGUUACAUAAUUAAAAUAUUUCUGCGUUACUUGUUUACCAAUAGCCACCUCAGAAGCUACAUUGUAAUUCCCUGGCAAGAAAAAUAG